UUGGGUUCAACUCCCAGUGCCAGCGCUGCAGAGGUGCUCGUGUCUUCCACCUAUCCCAGCGGGGGGGGGGGGUGUUGAGUGACCCGCUGGGGUUGCCCUUGAGAUCCUCGGGAAAGGGCCACAGCUCACUCCUCCCCACCUCCAUGGCCAGAGCCAUACUCACCGGCUUUUCUUCUGAUCCGCAUUCAGAACGUUCCAUUCUUCUCUGGCCUCCGAAUGAAGAGCUCGGCGUUUACACGAGGAUACACACAUGGGGAGCUCCGACCGCUUCUCCCGGCCUUCAAUUGUUCUUCUUGACGUGGUGCUUCUUCGACUCUGCAAGCAACGGAAACACAUCACUGGACGCCGUUAUGAAUCUCAGUCGGAUGAAAUCCGGGUACAUUUGAGGGCACCGCUCUCGACUAGCAAUCGUUCGGCUCGUCCUCAUGGCGGGUGGCGGCCGUUCUCGGCUGCUGUCGCUACCAAUCGAGCUUCUCGAGGCCAUCUUUACUCGCAUCGUUCACCCACCCGAUCUCGACAGCGUUGCACUUACCUGCUCUCGCCUCCGGCAGCUGAUACGCUGCGCGCCGCUUUCGCUCAGCGUCAACCUCGUCUCCCCUUCAAGGCCCAUCGGACCUAGUGAAUGGUUCAAUCCGCUGAAGCACUUCUCAAAGGCGUUGCAUCACCAGUUUAUCCGUGGAGAUCCCUGUUCGCCUGGAGAACCGGCUGCUGGCGGCUCUGGGAUCGAGCUGCCCGGAAUUGAAGGAGCUGGUGAUCAUGGCACGGCUUCAUACUACUCGACGGAAUGAUGGAAGUGUGGAGGACGUUUGCAAGAAAGUGCACGCAAUUGUCGUCGCUGGAUCUGGGCCCACCCACUUCCGCAGACACGUCUCUGGACACCAGGGCAGCCCUCCCCCCUCUGGACGCCUUUCGUUCUCUGCAGUCCCUCAUCCUCCGCUUCGUAUAUUGCCUCCCUUCGUCGCUGCCGCUCCCUCACCUCCCUCGCUCUCUGGAAACCCAAAGGUUUCACCAUCUUCUCCCUUGCCUCCUCCUCCUCCUUCCGCCUCUCCCUCCGCUCGCUCUGCAUUCCAUCUGCCAACCUACACGAUCGCCUUGAAUCCCUCUCGUCCUUUCCCCGCCUCGCCUCUCUGGCCUUACUCUCAUGCAAGUUCCACGAACUCGAGCUGCUCACCCUCUCUCGCUCCCUGCACUCCCUCACACGCCUCAGCAUCGAGAACUGCCUUGGGGCCUGCAGCUGUUCAGUGGCAGCCAUGGUGCGAGCCAACCCUUCCCUCUCCAACCUCUCCCUCACUGGCGACACCUAUCACCUCUUCCGUUCAGAGGGCGUUGCACCCAAUCUCCGCUUCCUCAGGCUGUCUCGCCUAUCCUCCUUCAGCCCUGGCGUGCUGGCAUGCUGCUUGGUAGAUUUUCUGCCGAUUGAAGUGAGAUAUCCCUGGGAGGGCUUGCAUGCAUGCUGGUGCGGGUGCAGGACAGGGAAGAAGAUGUGGACGGAGAAGGUGAAGGCAUGGAACAGUCAGGCAACACAAGGACAGCGGCCGGAGCCUUGGAGAGGAGCGGGUAUCAAAUGCCUGUGGAAUGGAUCUGGGCUGACCUUGAAGGGCUGAUGCUUAAGCAGUGUCAUUUGAUCCAUACUCCUGACUAUGUCUUUCUGCCCACAAGGCCUCCCCCUAUGCCGCCUCCUGCGCUCCGUGUUUGCCCCAGUUGUUCCUAUUAGUAAUCCCCCAGGUCCAAGCAUCCCAUAUGUCCCAUUCGAGGUGGCGGCAUGUGUUGCUAUCUUUGGAAGGCUGAAGAGGCUCGUAUCAGAAUAGAGAAGUGAAAUGGAUAGUAGAGUGAGAGUACACACAGAUAUACCUAAGUGUUGUACCCUCCAAGAGGUGACCCUAUA